CUUUCACACUCAACACAGUCCAAACCUUUUAAGCCCUUCGUCUCUCUCGAUUCUCUCUCGAUUUAAUCCUUCAUCAAAUCCACAAGCGUUCCGAUAUCGUCAAGGUUUCAGCCCAAUCCCGCCUCAUUUCGACAAAUUCGUUCGAUUCACCAACUGAGCUUUUAAGUUUUUAGGAGAUGGGAGCGUCCCACAGUACUCCGAAAACGGAGAAAUCAUCUGAAGAUGGUGAAAAUGAUAGACUUAGAUUUGGUCUAGCAGCCAUGCAAGGAUGGCGUGCUACUAUGGAUGAUGCUCAUGCUGCAAUUCCGAAUUUGGACAACACCAGAUCAUUAUUUGGUGUUUACGACGGUUAUAGAGGUGAUGAGGUUGCCAAAUUCUGUGCUAAGUUCCUGCACCAGCAAGUGCUGAAACAAGAAGAAUAUUCAGCUGGUGAUGUCGGAACAGCCCUUCGGAAAGCUUUCCUCAGGAUGGAUGAAAUGAUGACCGGACAGAGAGGCUGGAGGGAGUUGGUUAUCCUUGGAGAUAAACUACAUAUGUUUGAUGGUCUGAUGGAAUGUCUGAUAUUCGCUACAAGACAUGGCGCUGAAGCUGACGAAUGGACAGAGGAGGGACCACACUCUAAUUUCCGAGGACCAUAUUCUGGAAGUACUGCUUGUGUUGCAGUCAUCGGGGAGAACCAACUUGUUGUUGCCAAUGCAGGUGAUUCGCGCUGUGUCAUUUCUAGGAACGGUCAGGCACUCGAGCUGUCAGUAGACCAUAGACCCAUACUGCCGGUUGAGAGGGAAAGAAUUAUAAGAGGAGGAGGAUAUGUCCGCUGGGGGCGUGUGCAAGGAUAUUUGGAUAUUUCAAGAGCCAUAGGUGGUGUGGAAUUCAAGAGUAUCAUAAAUUUACCUCCAGAAGAGCAAAUGGUCACUGCUGAUCCAGAAGUUAAAACAGUUGAGUUUACAGACAAGGAUGAGUUCAUCGUAAUUGCCACUGAUGGCAUUUGUCUGCCUCUCAGGGAUAGCAUGUCGAGCCAAGAGGUUGUGGAGUUCAUACACAAGCAGCUGCAACAAGAGAGUAAGCUCUCGUCGGUGUGCGAAAAAGUACUCGACUGGUGCUUGGCACCUACUGACAGAGUAGGCGAUGGCUGCGACAACAUGACCAUGAUACUGAUCCAGCUCAAGAAGCCCGUACAGUCGGGCGAGCCUUCGGGCAUGAGAUCCCCGGAUCCCAAGUCAUCGUCCCAAGCCUCUUGAUCAAAUGCAGACUCCUUUGUAGCCCUCAUCAAACCAAUCUCUAUAUACUCGAUCAUAUUCUUGCAUAUACUUGAUACACGUGUUGUGUGAAGAAUUUGUAUAGCUUGUUUGACUCGAUGUGUCAAUUGCUUCAGUUUUUCACCUAAUUCGAACCAA